AUGAUUGUCCUAUCAUGGAACAUUAGGGGUCUAAAUGACCCCUGCAAAGUAGUUUCUCUUAAGAAACUCCUAGCUGAACAAUGUGUGGAUGUUGUUGGUAUUAUGGAAACUAAAGUGAAGUGUGAUAAGAGUGUUGAGCUUCAGAAGAAAUUUGGAUCUUCUUGGUCUUGGUUUUGUAACUACUCAUCUUCUCAUAGGGGUAGACUCUGGGUUGGCUGGUCUCAUGACAAGGUUAAUCUUUCAGUCAUUUCCUCUCAUGAGAAGUUCAUUCAUGUCCAGAUUAGCUCCAAGGAUCUUCAUCAUCAGAUAUUUUGUACCUUUGUGUAUGGCUUACACUCUAUUCAUUAUAGGUUACCUCUUUGGGAUGGUAUUUCUAGUAUUGGAGCUGUUUCUGGGCCUUGGCUUGUUAUUGGUGACUUUAAUUUUGUUCUCAAUUCUUAUGAUAGAGUUAAUGGUAAUGUUAUCACUGAUUAUGAGGUCAAUCAUUUUAGAAGUUUUGUUGAUAACCUUGAUCUUUGUGAGCUUAAGAGUAACGGUUCUUUUUACUCUUGGUCUAAUAAGGGUCAUGUUGAUGGUAGAAUUGCUACAAGGAUUGAUAGGGGGCUUGUGAAUCAGGCUUGGUUGAGCAAGUUUCCCCAUGUUGAAUCUAUCUAUCUUCCUCCUUUCCUUUCUGACCACAACCCUCUCUUGGUUGAAGUGAGUAGGUUUGCUGCUACUAAAGGGAGACCUUUUAGGUUUCUUAAUUGUCUGGCUGAUCAUGCUGAUUUCUGUUCCAUUGUGGAAAAAAGCUGGCAUAGUGUUACAGGUUGUUCGACUAUGGUUACUAUUUGGCAGAAUCUGAAAUCUGUCAAAAAGAAUCUGAAAGAUCUGAACACUAAGUAUUUUGCUAAUGUUGAUGAGAAAGUGGAUGCGGCUCUUACCUCUUUGAAAGCCAUUCGGACCAGCUUGCUGUAG